GAAAUAAUAGAAAUAUCUUAGAAACUGCAUAUAAUAAGGCGUAGUAAGCAAGCAAAGCAACUUCAAUGGGUUCAUUUCUCUCUUCCUUCAUCGGCGGUUCCUCCGAAGGUUCAUCCGCCGCUUCCGAUUCGCCGGAUAAUAAUCGCGUCAAAACCUGCCACUCAUCCGAACUCUUGCACCAUUACAUCAACGAAACUUCUCGCCUCGUUGUGAUUGAUUUCUCUGCGUCCUGGUGUGGACCUUGUAAAAUUAUGGAGCCGAUUAUUCGUGCUAUGGCUAACGAGAUCACUGACGUUGAUUUCGUCAAGAUCGAUGUUGACGAAUUAUCUGAUGUGGCGCAGAAAUUUGAGGUGCAGGCUAUGCCAACAUUUGUUUUGUGGAAGGAAAGGAAAGAGAUUGAUAGGCUUGUUGGGGCCAGGAAGGAUGAACUUAAAACCAUGAUUCAAAAGCAUAUAGCUUAGUUAUGUAUUUAUCUGUAUUUUCUUUAAAAUAUGAUAUAAAACUGAUAAUAAUCUUAUCGUGAUGAUGAUGUUGUAAAAUUUGAACUUAUUGGGUUGAUUCACUGAGAUAAUGUAUAUUUUAUUGUUUAGCAAAAUAAAUGGUAUUUGGUAGUUUGUCUUGCA